UUCUUUAUAUUUUUUUAACCUUCGGUUCCAUUUUUUUAAAAAAAAACUUUCAGAAAGAAAUGUAUUUGUUCUUCAAAAAACCCCGACUCGGAUAAAGAACAAACCAACCAAAAAAUGGAACUCUCCGAUUCGAACGAUUCAAAGCCCGAGACUCGUUCAACCCUCGGCAUCGAUCUAAACGAGAUCCCUUCUUCUUCUUUUGCCGAAACCCUACCUGACUCCGACUCCGCCGAACCCGAUUCCUUUUCGAUUGUUCGGGCUAUCCACGAGAAUCCCGACCCGGCUCUUGGUGAAGCCGCCGGUGUUCCCGUUGCCAACGACGAGGAGCAGUGUGGUGUAUGUGGCUUGUCGGCGGCGAUUCCCGGUGGAGGAGGAGGAGGAAGAGUGGUGGUUUGUGACGGAUGUGAGCGAGGGUUUCACUUGGCAUGCUCCGGGGUUUCCGAGAAGUUGCUUUCGGGGGCGGAGUGGGUUUGUGGAGCGUGUGUUGGCAGCGGAGUAAGGAGUAAACGGUGGCCGCUUGGGUUUAAGGCCAAGAAGCGCAUCCUUGAUAUUAAUGCUUCCCCGCCGAGUGAUGGUGACGGCGAUGGUGAGGAGGUGCAGGAGUUAUUGAGACAGCACACAACGGGUGACAAUUCUUUUGUUGGCAGUCGGUUAGGUGCCCCCUUGACGUGUAUGAAUUCCUUGUAUGCGGGUAAUGGGUUUGGCUCUCAAAAAGCUUCUAGGAUUGUGACACAUGCUGUUAAAGUGGGUUUUGAAGAUUUAUUUCAUCGUAUGCGAACUAGAGAUAGAAGUUUUGAUGAGGUAGAUUUGGGUUCUCCGCUAGGGUCUUUGAGGAAUAGUAGUAAUACAGCUAUUAGAUUUCCAUCUCGGAAUCCGAGUGACGUAUUUUUGCAGCGUCUUAGAGAAUUUGUUUCAGAAAGACAUGGGGUUCUGGAGGAAGGUUGGCGUGUGGAACUAAAGCAUUCCAUGAGCUGUGACCUAUAUGCAGUUUAUUGCUCUCCUGAUGGGAAAACAUUUGACUCAUUGUUAGAUGUUGCUUCUUAUCUUGGGUUGAAUCUGAACCAUAGCCCUAUGGACGCUGAAAUAAAACGUGAGGGGGCUUCUCUUCAGGAAAGAUUGCAUCUGUCAAGAAAAAGGAAGUCAACAAGGUUUUCAAUAGCCAGUGGAUUUCCUGAAAAUAAGGAAAGUUUGAUAAGUGGUUAUUGCAAGGACUUUGCAUGUGAUGGUCAAAUUCUGGAAAAGUAUGCCAGUAAAUCUUGUAUCAUGAAAGCCACUGAAGCUGUGCAAGAUGAGAAGGGUAGCUCUGGAUCUGAACGAAUUAAUGAUGGGCUUCCUGUGCAGUUUGAAGAUUUUUAUAUUCUCUCUUUGGGGCUCAUUGACAUGAGACCUUCUUAUCAUGAUGCUAGUUUGAUAUUUCCUAUAGGUUAUAGGUCUUGUUGGCAUGAUAAGAUCACUGGGUCACUUUUUGUAUGUGAAGUUUUAGAUGGUGGUGAUUCUGGACCUAUUUUCAAGAUCAGAAGGUGUUCAUGCUCUGCCUUGCCCCUUCCAAUUGGGUCAGCUGUCCUAUUUUGUCCCAAAAUUGAGCAAACUGCUAGUCAUAAUAAAGAAGGGGAGUUCGAUGAUGAUGGAUGUAUUCAAAGGAUCCUUACAGAUCCUUGCCCACCUACUGAAAAUGAUAUCUUGACUUGUUUGAGAAGUAACUUGAAGGAAACAUAUCUUGUUCAGAAUAUUGACGAAUCCCAACUUGAAGCAGGUUUCAUGUGUGAAAAAUAUGGAGAUAUGUUAAGAGAUGAAAUUGGUGAAAUUUCAGUGGAAGAACAUUCCUCAUCUGCAGCAUGGAGAAUAAUAUCUCAGAAAUUUAUUGAUGCCUGCUCUGAGAUAAGUAAAGGGAAGGGGGCUCUGAAGUUUUUCUGUAAGCAUGCAGGAAAAGAAAUUAGGUCAUCAAGCUGGGAUAUGAUGGAUGGAAAGAAUAAAGAGACCCAUACUCCGUUAGCUAAAUUCUGUGGCUUCCCAGUCUCUCUCUCCUUUCCUUUUGUGUAUCAGCAUAAUGAGCUGGAGACUUGGUCUGAGGAACUGACAAAAUGGCUGGGACAGGAUAGAUUUGGACUGGAUGCUGAAUUUGUACAAGAAAUUAUUGAAGAGCUUCCUGGUAUUGAGGCCUGUUCACGGUAUGAAUCUUUGAGGAAAAGAAGUUCUUACUCAGGAUCAUUAACAAUCAGAAAUGGUUUCCUGAAGAUAAAGACACCAGAUGGGCUUGAAUGUGAGGGAGAAAAAGGAUUGGAUGUGUUAUUUGGGAAGUCAAAAAAGCCCCGUUUGGUUGAUGACCGUGGUCCUCCUCCAGGGAAGCGAUUGUGCCCGAGACUUCCUCCUGAACUUCUUGGUGACUUCCAUCAGGUGUGGGAAUUAUUGUGGCGCUUUGGUGAAGUAAUGGGUUUGCAAGAAGCUUUUUUAGCAAAUGAACUCGAAGAGGAGCUUAUAAAUCCCUGGUCUAAUCACUCAAAUUUCCUUCAUAAAUUUGACAGUGAAAGGCCAGGAGUUGAUGUCCAAAGUUUAUCUAGAAUUGAUGGUAUGGGUGAAAAGAAUGUAUCACCUAGCAGUGAUUCUUGUAUGGCAGAUUCUACUGAAAAUCCACAUCCAUUUAUACAGAUGGAAACAGGAGAAAUGAUGGAAGCUGACCAGGCAAGGCUUGCUUCUCUUAGUUACAGAAGAUGCUUUGGCGUGACAUUGACAAAGGUUCACAGCUCAGUGUUAGGGGUGCUAAUAAGUGAGCUGCAAUCAAAGGUUGCCGCACUUGUUGAUCCAAAUUUUGAUUCUGGAGAGUCAAGAUCUAAAAGGGGAAGGAAGAAAGAUUUAGAUAGUACAGCUCCUGCUAAAAAAGUUAAGCUCAGUCUGCUCCCAAUUAAUGAGUUGACCUGGCCUGAAUUAGCUAGAAGAUACAUAUUGUCUUUCUUAUCCAUGGAUGGGAAUCUUGACUCAGCAGAGAUCACUGCCCGUGAGAGUGCAAAAGUGUUUCGUUGCUUACAAGGUGAUGGUGGGGUGCUUUCUGGUUCACUUACUGGGGUGGCUGGUAUGGAAGCAGAUGCACUUUUGCUUGCAGAGGCUACAAAGCGAAUUUUUGGUUCUUUGAACAGACAAAGCGAUGUUCUGACAGUAGAAGAUGAAGGGCCUGGUCAAAAUGUUGCUUGUGAAAAGAAUUUUGUCAAUGAUGGUGAUAUUCCAGAGUGGGCAAAGUUGCUGGAACCUGUCAGAAAGCUGCCAACAAAUGUUGGAACUAGAAUCAGGCGGUGUGUUUAUGAUGCGUUGGAAAAAGAUCCUCCAGAGUGGGCAAGGGAAAAAUUGAAACAUUCAAUCAGUAAGGAAGUUUAUAAGGGCAAUGCUUCAGGACCAACAAAGAAAGCUGUUCUUUCGGUGCUAGCAGAUGUUCAGAAUGAAUGCUCAACACAAAAACCUGAGAAAGAAAUAAGUAAAAAGAAGAUUGUCUUAUCUGUGUCUGAUAUUAUCAUGAAAAAAUGUCGCAUCAUAUUACGUCAUGCUGCUGCUGCUGAUGAUUCAAAGAUCUUCUGCAACUUGUUGGGGAGAAAGCUAAUGAAUUCCAGUGAUAAUGAUGAUGAGGGGCUCCUUGGGUCUCCUGCCAUGGUGUCUCGUCCUCUGGAUUUUAGGACUAUUGAUUUGAGAUUGGCUGUCGGGGCCUAUGGUGGAUCACAUGAAGCUUUUCUUGAGGAUGUUCGUGAGUUAUGGAGUAAUGUUCGUACUGCUUUUGCCGAUCAGCCUGAUUUAGUUGAAUUGGCAGAGUCUCUAUCUGAAAACUUUGAGUCCUUGUAUGAAAAGGAGGUACUUAUCCUAGUUCAGAAAUUGGUGGAAUAUGCUAAAUUGGAAUGCUUUGAUGCUGAGACAAAGAAGGAAAUAAAUGAUAUACUUGCUUCUACAAGUGAUAUCCCUAAAGCGCCUUGGGAUGAGGGAGUUUGCAAAGUGUGCGGUAUUGACAAAGAUGAUGAUAGUGUUCUUCUGUGCGACACUUGUGAUGCUGAGUAUCAUACAUAUUGCUUGAAUCCUCCACUGGCAAGGAUUCCUGAAGGAAACUGGUAUUGCCCUGCUUGUGUUAGCAAACGUAUGGUUCAAGAUGCAUCCGAACCUUCACAUGUUAUCAUCCGAAGGAGAGGUAAAAAGUAUCAGGGAGAGGUUACCCGUGGCUACUUGGAAGCACUUGCACAUUUAGCAGCUGUGAUGGAAGAAAAAGAGUAUUGGCAGUUUAGCGUUGAUGAGAGAGCCUUCUUGCUCAAAUUUUUAUGUGAUGAAUUACUUAACUCAACUCUUAUCCGUCAACAUCUUGAACGAUGUGCUGAAACAACAUUUGAGUUGCAUCAGAAAUUACGUUCUGCAUAUAUAGAAUGGAAAAGCCUUAAAUCUAAGGAAGACUUUGUUGCUGCAAGAGCUGCAAAGUUCCAUACAAGCAUGAUUAAUGCAGUUGGAGAUGGUGUAAAGGAUGGUACUGAUCAGAUUCCAUCAGAUGGUGAGAAGGAGGCUGCCGUCCUUAAUGGUUCAGAUAAACAUGCGUCUAGUACUCAUACAGAGAAAAGUUUUACCAGUAAUGGCCAAUGCUUUAAUUCAAUGGAUAAUGAGGCUCAGUUAAAGGGUGAACAAGCCAAUGUGGAUGUGAGCAAAGUAUUACCUGAAAAAAGCGAUAAAUCCUUUGUAACAAGUGAGUUGCCCGUAACAAAUCCUUUGCCCCAGGAAAUUGAUGACUCAAGGAAAGAAACAAACCUCCAUGGUAAGUUGGAGGAGUCUAAGGGAAUGGAUGUGGCUUCUCCAUCAUCUCCUUCAGAUUGUAAUGGACAGUGCCAGUCUUCUGAUGCAACAAGCCUGCAUGCAGCUAAGCAAGUUCCUUCUGUUGCUGAGAUUGAGUCACAAUCUCACCAUCUUGAGUUGAGCACUAUCAAGAGUGAUAUUCAACAUCUGCAGGACUUAAUUAACAGCUUAGAAUCUCAGCUUUUAAAGCUAUCUAUUCGGAAGGAGUUUUUGGGAAGUGAUUCUUCUGGCCGACUGUACUGGAUUUCAGCCAUGCCAGGUGGAUAUCCUCAGGUUAUCGUUGAUGGAAGUUUGGUAGUACAUAAGAAGAGGAAUUUUCUGGGUGGUGAGGUAUGGGGGCACUGCACAUCAGUUAACUGGAAUUUUAGCUCUGCCACUAGAGAUAGUGUUUUUAAAGCACAGGGUUCAAAGGCUUCCUGUCCGUUUGUGUACAAUGCCAAAGGUGCAAUUUCGGCUGGUUCACCAUGGGUUACAUAUCAGUCAGCUGCAGAUAUUGAAGGACUCAUUAAUUGGUUGAAUGAUAAUGACCCAAAAGAAAAAGAGCUGAAAGAGGCUAUUUGCCAGAAGCUAAAAUUCCAGAAUUACCAAAAAAUGAAAAAACAAGUUCAAGAUGAGUGCCAAACUGCCUUUUCAUCGUGUGAUGGUUGUGAUAAAGCUUCUUUUCCUAGUUUUCUUGUCACCAAGGCAGCAAUGUUACUGGAGAAGAAGUAUGGUCCUUUCUUUGAGUCAGAAAUAACUGAAUCCUUGAAGAAGCAAGGGAAAAAGGCAAAGGUGAUUAUUGAAGACAAAAUGUACAGGUGUAAAUGCUUAGAGCCUGUUUGGCCCUCCAAAAAUCAUUGCAUCUCUUGUCACAAAACAUUUAUGAGUGAUGUCGAAUUCGAGGAUCAUAAUGAUAGUAGAUGCACUCCGGAUCCACCUGCUAAUGAAAAAGGUAAGUCAGUUGGUGAUUCUUUAAAAAGGAAAGGGAAUAUGAGAUCUGAUGGUAACCGGGUAGGUUAUACUGUUGACAUGGAAAUUGAUGAAAAUUAUAAAACCGGGCAUUCUGAGUUGAGUUCAAGGCUGAUCAAAUUUCAAAAUGACGGAGCAGUUUGUCCUUAUGACUUUGAAGAGAUCAGUACCAAAUUUUUCACUAGAGAUUCUAAUGAAGAAUUGGUGCGGGAAAUUGGUCUUAUCAGUUCAGAUGGCGUUCCAUCAUUUGUCUCAUCUGCUUCUCAUUUUGUUAGUGACCCUACCCUAAGACUUGUUCCUUCUCACCAAGAAAUAGGGGGUUUAGGGGCUGAAUUGAAGGCUACUAAGAGGCCUGGUUUAUCACAAGGAAACUGGAGUGUGGCUAAUGGAAUCAAUGAAGGCUUUUCUGAUGAUUCUUUCAGGACUGUUGCAAAUGAGAUUAAAGUGCAGAAAAACAAAAGACCAGCUUUGAGAUGUUCAGAACAAAGGGAUAGAAUAUCUUCUGCAGAUAAGUAUUCUCCUGAACUGGGUAGUGGUCACUGCUGUGUAGUCCCACAAUCUUCUUUAAGGCCCUUGGUUGGUAAGGUUUCACAGGUUUUGCAGCAACUAAAGAUUAAUUUACUUGAUAUGGAUGCUGCACUCUCUGAAGAAGCUUUGCGACCAUCUAAGGCAUGCAUGGAAAGGAGAUGGGCCUGGCGUUCAUUUGUUAAAUCUGCAGAAACAAUAUAUGAGAUGGUCCAAGCAAUAAUUGCAUUGGAGGAGAUGAUUAAAACCGAGUACUUGAGGAAUGAGUGGUGGUAUUGGUCAUCACUAUCUGCAGCUGCAAAAAUUUCCACUGUGUCUUCUCUUGCUCUACGUGUAUACUCACUUGAUGCUGCUAUUGUUUAUGAAAAGUCAUGCGACUUUAAUUCAAUUGACAAUUUGAAGCCCAGCAGCAUGCCAGGCCCAAAGCUGCCCUCCAACUUGGAUCUGCCGGAGAAGUGCAAGGUGAGUCGGAAGACUAUCAAGAAAAGGAAGGAACCAGAAGGCUGAUCUUUGUGAAAUAGGAGUUUCAAAUCCGAGAGGAUCUUAUUUCAAUCAAACUUGAUCCCUGUGGCAAGGGAAUCUGGUAGCAGGAAUAUUUCAAAAAGGAUAUCAGAGAGUCCUACAAUCAGAACCAAAAUGUUGGGUUUGUUGGUUCGGAUUUGCCCCGACUGUUUGGACCUAGAGUUCUGGUGUCAGUGCCCCAUGUAUAUAUUGAUAAGGCUAACAUGCUAACUUGGAUGCUUUGAUUAGUAACCAGAAUUCUUAGAAGCGUCUAUGGUGUUGGAAGCUCCAGGACCAAUUAACUAGCGAGAAUGCAUCCAAUUUUGGACUGAUUUCUGCUGCAUCUUUUCGGUUACUUUCUUGGGAAGCAGAAGGGCAAUUUGCCACAAAGAGAGAUUAUAUACAUAUACAGCAUGAAUUAGUGUAAAAAGAAAAAAAUGGUUGAAGUUGAGCAGGUGUAGACAAUAUUUCAUUCUUUAUACAUCUCUCUUUCUUGCUCUCUGGUGCCCUUUUGUUUUUCAGCUGGUGUUCCAUGCACCACAGUUCCUUUCGAAGAAUGAAAAUUGAAGCUUUUUCUUUCCAUCUUUCUUUGUUCAGUUUGUUUUUAUUUUUACAUUUCGAGCUUCAUAAAGUUGGCAGUUGAUUAAAACUGACAGUUGCUGGGAGCUAUUUGAAUGUUGCCCAAUCUUCAUUUCUUACUUCUAA